AGAAAAGCAAAAUCCUGAAAGCUACCUGCACAAGGAUGCCAAAAUAAAUACCUCCCCUUGCCAUCUCCUUAUCCCACUCUGGCGCGGGUGGGAAUGCUCCGCCUCUGCGCUCAAGCUCCUCCUGCCCCUGCGCUGAACAAUAAAAAGUUGCCAAAGAGUUCAAAUGGGGGCGUUCUUGAGCUCCCAAGCCAGCAAGAACCAGCCACGGGAGCACGGCGAAGCUCCGGGACCAGAAUCCUCCAAGAAGCUGCGGCUGUCGUCGAUUCCUCCUUAUGGCCAUGACCACCCGCGGCUUAUCCCCGGGCUCCCGGACGAGAUCUCGCUGCAAAUCCUCGCGAGGAUGCCGAGGAUCGGGUACCUCAAGGCCAAGAUGGUCUCCCGGAGCUGGAAGGCCGCCAUUACUGGCGCGGAGCUGUACCGUCUUCGGAAGGAGUUUGGCGUGGCCGAAGAGUGGCUCUACGUACUGAUGAAAACAGCAGAUGAUCACAAGCUGAUUUGGCACGCUUUUGAUCCGGUUAGCAACCAAUGGCAGAGGCUGCCACUCAUGCCUGGGAUCAAUCAUCGAAGAGGAGAGUGCAGGAGUGGUGUCUCCGGGAUAGGAUUGGGGGAUCUGGUGAGUGCCGGCAUCAGGAUCUCCGAUGCUAUCAGAGGCUGGUUUGGUCACAAGGAUUUGUUAGACAGUAUACCGUUCUGCGGCUGCGCCAUUGGCACCGUUGAUGGCUGCCUUUAUGUUUUGGGCGGCUUCUCUAGAGCUUUCGCGAUGAAGUCUGUGUGGAAGUAUGACCCCAUUGUCAAUUCAUGGCAGGAGGUGAGCCCAAUGAGCACUGGGCGUGCCUUUUGCAAGACUAGCCUGUUAAACAACAAGCUGUACGUUGUUGGUGGUGUGAGCAAAGGCAAGGACGGGUUAACUCCACUCCAAUCUGUCGAAGUGUUUGACCCGGCAACCGGGGUUUGGGCAGAAUUGCCAGAUAUGACAUUCUCCAAAGCGCAAGCUCUACCGACUGCCUUCCUAGCUGAGCUACUGAAGCCAAUUGCUACUGGAAUGACCUCAUACAGAGGGAAGCUAUAUGUUCCUCAGAGCCUUUAUUCCUGGCCCUUCUUUGUUGAUGUUGGUGGGGAGACAUUUGAUCCUGAGGCAAAUUCAUGGGCAGAAAUGCCUGUGGGCAUGGGUGAGGGUUGGCCUGCAAGGCAGGCUGGAACAAAAUUAAGUGCUGUUGUAGAUGGGGACCUGUAUGCCUUGGAGCCAUCAACUUCUUCUGACAGCGGUAAGAUAAAGAUCUAUGAUCCUCAGGAGGAUACUUGGAAGGUUGCUGUAAGCCAGGUACCUGUUGGGGACUUUGCCGAGUCAGAAAGUCCGUACUUGCUAGUAGGAUUUCUUGGGAAGCUCCAUUUGAUCAUCAAGGAUGUGGACAACACAAUCAACAUUAUGCAAACAGCCCGUCUGAAGCCUACGGAUGUGGCAGCCUCUUCGGCUGGCACAACCUGCCAAAACCCAGAUGUCUCCUUGGAGCAGGAAACAGAUGUUUGGAAAGCCAUUGCGACGAAGAAUAUUGCAGUUGCUGAAAUCGUCAGCUGCCAGGUUCUCAGCAUAUGAGUUUGUAAAAUCGAGUUGCUCUGGAUCAUUGUAUGAAUUAUGAAUAUGUUUCUGCCAUACAUCUGAUCCGGUCAGGUAACUUGUUGGGGCUUCAACCUUAAGAACAGAGGAUCUGCAUCUUGUUUAAAUGUGAUCAGUGAACUGCAGAAAGUAGUGUGCCGGCAAUGUACAUAUGUAUGCGCAUUUUGGGUAAUUCAAUUGUAUAAGCAUUUGCUUUAAUUCUUAUGUAUGUAUAUAACAUCACAUGAGAUUGGUGAAGGCCAUCGCGCUUUGUCCAAUUCCAAAGGCAACAGUGCUGAGUGAAUCACCAGUACCAUCUGAACUCGUGUUCAUUGUUCAAACUGCUGUAAAUUCUAGUGUUCAUCAUAUGUGGAAUGAUCUCAGCAAUAACCCAUUUGGACAUUGUUUCAGUUU